AUGUGCUCUUUAAAAGAGUCGAGGGAAAGAAACACUCCAAUCACGUCACAACCGCUACCAACUAUGCUCUUUUACGUGUUCUUCGCGUUCAUUCUUCUUAGUGUUCUCAAUCGAGAGGUCAUAGCAGAGGAGUGCGAGGACAAGGACGAUCUUCAUUGUUGGAAAGCCUCAUCAAAGGGCUGGUGCGCUCGAAGCAGUCAUAUGUAUAAGACCAUGCAAGUCAACUGCAAAAAGACUUGCCGUUUGUGUCCGCCGUAUGACUCCAUCGCAGAGUGA